GUCAGUCAGCAAGCAGUGGGUUCGAGCUGCCGCAUGGCUACUGUGUAAACUUUCUCCCCCCAAAGCAACAAGUGGAAGCCGCUCAGGAUAAAGGAGAGAAAGGGAGAAGAAGCAGACGCUCGGAAAAGAAGAGGCUGCCGGACAGAGUCACUAUAGGAAGAGGGCUCCUCCAUGAAGGUGGAACCUGCGCUCCGCUGAUCAGUGUCGUUCCCCCACUGGUGCAUGUUCACACCAGAGGAGAGCUCUGCUGCCGUGUGUCGGCCAGACGACUAGAACCAACCCGAGGCACCAGCAGUCCGUCCGGAGGAGCAGGCAUGAUUCUGAGACGAGGCUCUGUGGUGGUCGCUGCCUUUCUGCUGCUCUGCGUCCUGGCCAAGGUGUCCCAGGGAACGGGACAAUUCGAGUUGCAGAUCCUGUCCAUGCACAAUGUGAACGGGGAGCUGCCGGGCGGCGUGUGUUGUGACGGCGAGCGGACCACGGGGGACAGGAAGUGCACAAGGGACGAGUGCGAUACGUUUUUUAAAGUUUGCCUGAAGGAAUACCAGUCCAGGGUCUCCGCUGCGGGCCCCUGCAGCUUCGGAAUGGGAUCUACGCCCGUCCUGGGAGGGAAUACCUUUUCUUUCAAGAGGAAUGACAAAUCCCGGAUAGUUUUGCCCUUCAAUUUUGCCUGGCCGAGGUCCUACACUUUGAUAGUGGAAGCCUUGGACUUCAGCAAUGAAACCAGUGGUGCAGAUGGAAAACUGAUCGAGAAAGGCUCCCACUCCGGCAUGAUCAACCCCAGCCCUCACUGGCAGAAGCUGACUCACAACGGCAUCGUGGCCCAGUUCGAGUACCAGAUCCGGGUCAGCUGCGCCGAGCACUACUACGGCUUCGGCUGCAACAAGUUUUGCCGGCCACGGGACGAUUUCUUCGGGCAUUACACAUGCGACUACAAUGGAAACAAGACCUGUGUGGAUGGCUGGUCCGAACCUGACUGCAACACAGCUAUAUGUCGCAAAGGCUGCAGCACUGAACACGGAUCAUGCAGGGAGCCGGGCGGAUGCAAGUGUCUGUAUGGAUGGCAGGGCCAGUAUUGUGACAAGUGCAUCCCCCACCCCGGAUGUGUCCAUGGCACCUGUGUGGAGCCCUGGCAGUGCCUGUGUGACACCAACUGGGGCGGCCACCUCUGCGACAAAGAUCUGAACUACUGUGGCACUCACCUUCCGUGCCUGAACGGAGGGACGUGUAUCAACACGGGACCUGACAAGUACCAGUGUACCUGCGCUGAUGGUUACUCUGGUGCCAACUGUGAGAGAGCGGAACAUGCCUGUCUCUCCAAUCCAUGCUCCAAUGGAGGGAGCUGCUCAGAAACCAGUCAAGGCUACGAAUGUCAGUGUGCGCUGGGCUGGAGCGGCCCCUCCUGCACCAUCAAUGUGGACGACUGCUCCCCGAACCCCUGUAACCACGGAGGCACCUGCCAGGACCAGGUCAACGGCUACAAGUGCCACUGUCCCUCCCAGUGGACGGGGAAGACGUGUUUGAUUGAUGCCAACGAAUGCGACAGCAAGCCCUGCGUCAACGCCAACUCCUGCCGCAACCUGAUUGGCGGCUACUUCUGCGAGUGCGUCCCUGGUUGGACGGGGCAGAACUGCGACACCAAUAUAAACGACUGCAAGGACCAGUGCCAGAAUGGAGGAACUUGUAAGGACUUGGUGAACGGGUAUCGCUGUGCGUGCCCCCCUGGCUUCGCCGGCGAGCACUGCGAGAGAGACCUGGACGAGUGCGCCAGCUCGCCGUGCCUGAACGGCGGCCACUGCCAGGACGAGGUGAACGGCUUCCAGUGCCUGUGUCUGGCCGGCUUCUCAGGAAACCUCUGCCAGCUGGAUAUCGAUUACUGCCUGCCCAACCCGUGUCAGAACGGCGUGCCCUGCUUCAACCUGGCCACCGACUACUACUGCGCCUGCUCCGAGGACUACGAGGGCAAGAACUGCUCCCACCUCAAGGACCACUGUCGCACCACCACGUGUAAAGUGAUCGACAGCUGCACGGUCGCCGUGGCGUCCAACAGCACACCGGGAGGAGAGCGGUACAUCUCCUCCAAUGUGUGCGGACCUCACGGCCGCUGCCGGAGUCAGGCUGGAGGCCAGUUCAGCUGCGAGUGCCAGGAGGGCUUCAGGGGCACCUACUGUCACGAGAAUAUCAACGACUGCGAGAGUAACCCAUGUCGCAACGGCGGCACCUGCAUCGACAAAGUCAGCGUGUACCAGUGCAUCUGCGGCGACGGCUGGGAGGGCGACCACUGCGAGAUCAACAUCGACGACUGCAGCACCAGCCCCUGUCACAACGGAGGGACGUGUCGAGACCUGGUGACUGACUUCUUCUGCGAGUGUAAGAAUGGCUGGAAGGGAAAGACGUGCCACUCCCGCGAAAGUCAGUGCGAUGAAGCCACAUGCAACAAUGGUGGCACCUGUCACGACGAAGGCAACACGUUCCAGUGCAAGUGUUCUCCCGGGUGGGAGGGCACCACGUGCAACAUAGCCAAGAACUCGAGUUGUCUUCCGAACCCGUGCGAGAACGGCGGGACCUGUGUCGUGACGGGCGAGUCGUUCACCUGCGUCUGCAAGGAGGGCUGGGAGGGUCCCACGUGCACGCAGAAUACCAACGACUGCAGUCCCCACCCAUGCUACAACAGUGGAACCUGCGUGGACGGGGAUAACUGGUACCGCUGCGAGUGCGCCCCAGGCUUCGCCGGUCCAGACUGUCGGAUCAAUAUUAAUGAGUGCCAGUCCUCUCCCUGCGCCUUUGGCUCAACUUGCGUGGACGAGAUCAACGGAUAUCGCUGCGUGUGUCCGUCAGACAGGACGGGACCCCACUGUCACGAAGUGACGAGAAAACCUUGCUCUGUGAAUGGACACGUCGCCCCCGAUGGACUCAAGUGGGACGAAGACUGCAACACUUGCCACUGUGUCAAUGGGAAAGUCGUGUGCACGAGGAUGUGGUGCGGCCCCACGUCGUGCAAGCUGGGGGCCAAAGGUCGAGGCGGGUGUCCCUCGGGUCAGACCUGCGUCCCCAUCCGGGAGGGCCACUGCUUUGUGAAGCCCUGCCCCGACUUUGGAGAGUGCUGGCGCUCCAACCCGCCCCAGCCCCCCACCAAAUGCCACCCCAGCUCCAGUUACCAGGACAACAGCUGCGCCAACAUCACCUUCACCUUCAACAAGGAGAACAUGCCUCGAGGCUUGACCGUGGAGGAAGUGUGCAAGCAGCUGAGGCACUUGUACGUGGUGAAGAAUUUCUCCUUGGAGCAUUCAGUGUCCAUAACUUGUGACCCCUCAUUCUCAGCCAGCAACGAGAUCCACGUCUGCAUCGCAACAGACGACCAUCGCUUGGACGGGAGCCCCAUUAAAGAGAUCACAGACAGGAUAAUUGACCUGGUUAGCAAACGCAACGGGAACAACACCAUCAUCUCCGCCAUCGCAGAGGUGCGGAUGCCAAGCCCCAGCAAAACUGACUACCUGGUGCCCCUCCUCAGCUCCAUCUUCAUCGUCGUCUGGGUCCUGGUGCUGGUCUCCAUCCUGCUGUGGUGCAUGCGCCGCCGGCGGAAACAGAGCAACCACAACGGCGCGACGGCCGUGGUCCCCGAGGACAACACGACCAACAACGUGAGGGAGCAGCUCAACCAGAUCAAGAACCCUAUAGAGAAGCACGUGGGCCUGGCGGUGGCCAUCAAGGACUACGAAAACAAGAACUCCAUCAUUGCCAAAAUAAGGACAAAUCAUCCCGAGGGGGAUGAGGACGACAAGGAGAGGCACCUGCAGAAGGGCCGCUUCGCCAAACAGCCAGCAUACACACUGGUGGAGAGGGACGAGAAGACGCCCAUCUCCAACCCCAACUCCACAUCCAAACACCCCAAUUGGACUAAUAAACAGGACAACAGAGACUUGGAGACAGCAAACAGCAUAAACAGGAUGGACUACAUUGUAUAGCAGACAGCUGUGUUGCCGUGCAACCAAGCCUUACGCCUUCACACCCCGGUGGUGGGUGAAACAGGGGGGAGCGUCGGCAUGUUAGUAAACUGUCGUGUCAGUCGUGACCCCACAGUAUUUCCAGAUAUUCCCCGUGUUAAUUUAAGUUUUGACAAGCUGGCUUACACUGGCAGUGACAGUUGCUUCGGUUGGCUGGAAACACAAGGCACUGGUAAACAUUUCACUGUAGGACUAGAUGCAGAAGUGUCUCUUCCUAUGCAUUUCAUUCAUUUCCCUGUCUUCUUCUUCAUUUGUUUGUUUUUAAUUUAGUGGACACAUGGAAGGGGCUCCUGGUGUAAUUGUUGUACAAUGACAAAAAACUAUGCGACGUGUUCAACACUAGAGUUAAUUAUUUUUAGUACGUGUUUGAAUUCUUUCUAGUUCCGUUUGGAGAAAGUGCCUUUUUUCAGCUUUAGACUUCAGCAACUGUCAAAUGAAAAAAAAAGAAAGAAAAAAAAAGAUCAACUUUAUUAUUUAUUUUUAUUUUUCGGGUGGGG